AUGAAGAGUGUAGUUGCAAUGGUGGCGGUUCAGUUUAUCUUCGCCGGGAUGUUCAUUUUGUUUAAGAUAACGGUCGACGAUGGUACGAAUCUCAAAGUUCUUGUAGCGUAUCGUCUGUCCUUUGCUACUAUUUUCAUGCUUCCCCUUGCCCUCAUCUUCCAAAGGAAGAAGCGGCCAGAAUUUACAUGGAGGCUGCUCUUACUAGCAUUUGUUUCGGGGUUGCUCGGAGCGGCGAUACCAAAUAUUCUCUACUUGCCGGGUAUGGCUCGAACAUCAGCGACAUUUUCAGCUGCAAGCAGCAUAAUUAGCCCAUUGAUCACCUUGGUGUUGGGUUUGGUGUUUAGGAUGGAGACUCUACGGCUGGGAUCGAACGAAGGGAGGGCCAAGCUAGUGGGGACGCUGCUUGGUGCAUGUGGAGCCCUCGUGUUUGUAUUCUACAAAGGUAUUGAGAUUCAUAUCUGGUCAACACACGUUGACUUACUCAAAGGCUCGCAUACUGGUCGAGCCACUACGAACCACCACGUCUCAAUCUUAGGGGUUCUUAUGGUUCUUGGCAGUAACGUUUCCACCUCACUUUGGUUACUAUUGCAGGCAAAAAUAGGCAAGGAACUUGGAGGACUUUAUUGGAACACAAGUUUGAUGAAUGGGGUGGGAAGUUUGGUGUGCGUGAUUAUUGCUCUCUGUUCGGAUCAUGACUGGGAGCAAUGGCAAUUAGGAUGGGAUAUUAACCUCUUAGCUACGCUUUAUUCGGGAAUCGUGGUUUCGGGAAUGGUCGUGCCUCUUGUUGCAUGGUGCAUCGCAACAAAAGGACCAUUAUUUGUUACUGUCUUUAGCCCUAUAAGGCUGGUGAUCGUAGCCCUAAUAGGAUCAUUUGCUUUAGAGGAACCCCUGCAUUUGGGAAGUAUAAUCGGUGCCAUGAUAAUGGUGGGAGGAGUAUACCUAGUGGUAUGGUGUAAAAUGAAGGAAAAAAAGAGUGCGUCUACGACUUCGGACCAUAUUGAAACAAAUAAGAAUAACAAAGAACUGGACCUUGGCAAUCUUUCAUCAGUAAAUAGAGAUGUCCCCUGA